UGCAUAACAGUAUUUUAAAGGAGAUGAUAGCAUCAAUAAUUAGAAUUUUUGUUAAGGAAAAGUAAAAAGAUACUCAAUGAUUUCAGAUAUGCUUUAACCUUCCAUACAACAAUUAGAAUGCCAAUACAAUUAUUGUAUAUUAUAUAUGUAUAUUUUAUAUUAAUCAUUAAAUUUUUGCAUUAUUAUCUUUUGAUAAUACCAAAAAAUAUAAAUGUAUAUAUAUAUAUUACAUUUACAAAGUUAAGAUGAAUUUUUAUUAAUAAAAUAUAAUAACUUCUUUUUUAGAAUUUAAGAAAAUGACAUAAGAAAACAAAAAAGAAGUAAUAGUUGUAAAUAAAAAAAAUACUUUUUCUGAACAUAAUUUAAAUCCCAAGUCAAGUAAAAACUUAAAAUAAUUUUUUAGACAUUCCACUUUAUAAAAAUAUUUUGAUGCUACGCCUUUUGAUAAGGAAUAACUUGAUAAAAUAACUUAAAUUAUAUAAAAAGAUGCAGAUUUAAUAGAAUAGAUUAUAAUUAAUUAAAUACAAGAAAUAAUCUAAUCAUCAACAAAUAUUCAUAUAUUUAUUGAUUUAUUAUUAAAAGACUAUUAAAAAAAAGAAAACUAUACACCAUUUUUUAAAUCAGAACAAAUUCAAUAACAUUAAUCUGAAAAUUUUUAUAUAGAAGGUUAAAAAACUCCAUAAGGAAAUAAUAAUACAGGUUUUAUGAAUUUUCAAAUAUCAGAUAACAUUCAAAAAAAAACAUAGGAAAAAGCAAUAGAAAAAAUAACUUAAUAAAUCUAAUAAGUAGAUAUAUCUCUCUCGUUAUCUUCUUUAAUAUUUUGUAAUCGUUCUAAAAAAUUCAGAAAUAAUUUUAUACUUACUAGUGACUAUUUUAUAACUCCUUACAGCUUAGUAUUAUAUUUUAUUCAUUUUUAUUACAUUCCUGUACCUUACGGAUACACUGAAAGUGAAAAAGAAUAGUAUAGGAAACGAGAAUAAGAAAUAAAAACUAAUAUUUGGUUAUUUUUUAAAGAUUUUGUUGAACUGAGAUGUAAUUAUUUGUAUUAUGAUAAUAUCUUAAUUUCCCUUUUAUUGAAGUUUUUUAGAAAUAUAUUACAUGAUGAUUAUAAAUUCAUUCCUUUAUAUAAAAAAGUGAAAGAAAUUCAUACAAAAUAUGAAUUUAAUAAAAUAAAAACUAAAGAAAAGAAAAGCCCUCUUAAUCAGAUAAAUAAAUAAAAUUUAGAAAUAAUAAUAUUUGAACCAAAACCAUUAAUAUUAUAUGACUCAGAAUAAAUAGUAAAAGUAGCCUGUUAUAUAUACAAGAAAUGGCUUUAAAAGUUAAAUAUAAGCGAUUUAUUAAAUUCAAAAAUAAAUUAAAGACUAUAAAAUAAAUAAUUAACAAAAUAUUCAUAAAAAUUUAAUUAUACAGUUUAUUGGCUAAUAAAUCUUGUUUUAAGCUAAAAAGAUAUAUAAAUAAGGAUUAAUUAUUUAAAAAAAUAUUUUGAUUUGAUUAAAUUAGCACACGAAUAUAAAUGCUUUCCUUUUUUACAUAUUAUGCAUACUUCAAUAUAUUAAAUUUAAAUUUUUCUUAAAAAAACUUGGGAUUAUUUCCUAUAAAGAAUUAAGCAGUAAAAAAUGAAUGGAAUUUUCGAUUGGGAAAUCGAGUUUUUUGAAAAUAUGUUUAAUGAUAAGUAUGAAGGCUAUUAUUUAGAAAUAAAUAAAUUAAUCUAAUAAAAAUCAUUAGAUUUUGUACCAUGUAUUAACCCUUAUUUAUAAGAAAUUAAUGUUUAUGAAAACAAAUUUAAAUAGCAAAAAAAAGAAGGAGAAAUUAUUGUUCCAUGGAUUAUGCAUGAAAGAAUAGGAGAAAAACUAAAUUAAUUACUAGUUUGCUAAAAAAAUUGUUAAGAUAAAAAUUUUGAAGAAAUAUACUAAAAUUACAAAAAUAGCAAUUCCGAAGAAGUUUAGAUUUGUUUUAUUUUUAAAAAACUAUGCUUUUAAAAUAUUAAUGAUAUUCUUUUGUAAAAUUAAAUUAAAUUAUAAGAUAUUGAAAUUUUUUUUAUUAAUAAAUCUAAUGAAAUAGAAAAUGAUAUAAGCCUACCUCUAUGUUCUGGUUUUUAAUAUAAUAAUUGCUGA